AUGGCACAAUCAAACGAAGUAACAGAGCGUGAAGCUUUGACAUCUCGCAUCGUCCCAUCCAUGGUCUUCAGUGAUGGCAGUCCAUCAUCUAUGACACCUGCCCCCAAUGUCCCAAUCGAGAGUGACCCCGCAACUGGAGCCCAGAAACGAUUCGCCGUACGCGGGAAUGCAGUAGUGACCGGUGGUGCAGGAACAUUAGGUCUUCGGUCCUGCGAUGCGCUCCUCGAACAUGGUCUUGAAGGCCUAAUGAUUUUCGACGUUAACCCUGCAAAUUCUGAGAAAGAGAUUACUCAAAUGCGAACCAAGUUCCCCAACGCCAGGAUUCUUACUCGGACAGUCGAUGUAACCGAUGAAGAAGCUGUGCAAGUCGCUAUGGAGGAUACAGCCCAAACACUUGGAUCCAUCGAUACGUUGGUAUGUUUCGUCGGAGUCGUGGGUUGUGUCGAGAGUCUCGAAAUGCCCAUUAGUCAGUGGCGCAGAAUCCUCGAUAUAAAUACUACUGGAUCGUUUGUCUGUGCUCAAGCUGCAGCACGACAGAUGGUGAAACAGGGUACGGGUGGCUCUAUUACAUUUGUGGCUUCUAUGUCUGCGCACCGGGUCAAUUUCCCACAACCUCAGGCUGCGUAUAAUGUGAGCAAGGCGGCUCUCUUAAUGCUUAAGAGUUGCUUGGCGGCUGAAUGGGCGAGAUAUGGUAUCCGGACUAAUACUGUUAGUCCGGGAUAUAUGGAUACUAUUUUGAAUGAAGGUGAUGGCAUCGCUGAGCAUCGGCGUAUUUGGGCGGAACGAAACCCGACUGGGAGAAUGGGAAGUCCGUCUGAAUUGACGGGGACGAUUGUUUUGCUUGCGAGCAGUGCUGGUUCGUAUAUCAAUGGCUCAGAUAUUGUUAUUGAUGGAGGCGCUAUUGUAUUGUAA